AUGGAGGAAUCGUGGGAUUUUGAAUUCUUGUCUCGUAUGGUUGACAGUCUGGUGUCCUUUUUGUCCGAAUUUGUGGACGACUGGCUGGCCAACGACAUGAGAGUUGCAGUGUUUAAGAUACUGUUCAGCUGGCUCAUCAUCAGUCUCGUAGCCAUCCACUUUGCCUGGAAAGUGUACGGGAACACUGUCAACGACAUGUAUUACAGACAGGGGACUGGAGGACAGAAUGGCGGGACUCCUGACACUGCGCCUCACCUGAGCGGAUGGGAAAGUGCAGCUGGUGAUGCCAUGAAAACCCACCGUGAGUGAUAUACCUGCAACUGGACUAAGAGCACAGACACAUAAGAUGGACAAAGGCAAUUACAUUCCUUCAAGAUGACCGAAUAAUCAUAACUUGUGCAAUUGUAUCGGUUUUACUCGUGAAGAUGUCUGUGAUGGACUGUGGUGCAAAACUCACAAUACCUGACAGAAUGGUGCUGUGCACUCACUGGAGAGAGCAUUAAAGGAGCUUGCUGUGAUAAAUAGCAGCUCUGAAUUUGUUUGAAUGCUUUAGUAUAUUUGGAUUUAAUUCUGGAAGCUAGUAGAUAGCAACACUUGAACCAUUCUCACACAGUAUCAUUUGACCAAAAACUGACAAGAAUACUAGUCAAAAUGAAGGUCCCAAAUGUUCACAUAGUCAUCUGGUCUGUAUGUAGAAAUCAAACAUUUAAUUUCAGUGAUGUAAGAAAAUAGACUUGACUGUACAGAGAUAAAAAAAAAAAAAAAAAUGAACUGUGCCUCUUACAGUUGUCCUAAGAGGUUACUGCUGUCUUUUUGCAGUGCAAAUAAUAAAUACAAUUUGUAUCUGA